UCUCCACUACUAUCAUUUAGACCAAGUAAAGAAGCCUCAAAUACUCCUCAGCUCUUACUAUUUUCUUCUCCCUAAAAACCUUUAUUGCAAUGGAAAUUAACUUCCAAAAACAACAGCAAAAAGAGGCAAAAGUGACCAAAUUGAAGGGCAGAAACAAUAGAAGUAACAAGUUUGUUGGUGUGAGGCAAAGGCCUUCAGGGAGAUGGGUAGCUGAGAUCAAAGACACAACACAGAAGAUAAGAAUGUGGCUUGGAACUUUUGAAACUGCUGAAGAAGCUGCUCGUGCUUACGAUCAAGCUGCUUGCCUUCUUCGUGGAUCAAACACACGAACCAACUUCGUUACUCGAGUCUCAGUUGAUUCACCACUUGCUUCGCGGAUUAAAAAUCUCCUCAACAGCAAGAAAACUGCAAAGCCGAGCAGCCAUGAUCAGAAGGAGCAGAGUUCAGCUUCUUCUACAACUAGUAGUCACAACAUCAAUCAAAAUACUAGUAGUGUGACUAGUAACAACAGCAAUAAUUCAAGUCCAAUGAUCAGUACUAGUUAUUUUGAUGAUUCUAUUUCUAGUCAGAAUAUAGAACCGAUCCAUCUUCUUGAAAAUGCAGCACUAGCAGAUGAUUACAUGUCUUAUGAUCAAAUAACACUUUCUUGUAAUCAAGAAUUGCAACUACAAGAAAGUCAACUGUUUGAUGACACAUAUAAGCCUGAUCUGAGCAACUGCUCUGAUGAAUUCGAUGUGGGAUAUUCGUCUUCUUCUGCUUCUAAUUCAUUUUCUUUUACUAAUUCCUCACAGCUUGAAAUGUCAUGGAAUUUUGCACAAGAAUUGUUGGAUCAUCCCAAGAAUGUGGUUUUGGAUGAGACAACUGAGAUGGGGCUCGUAGAAUUUGAGAGAAUGAAAAUGGAAAGGUCUAUAUCAGCAUCACUAUAUGCAGUGAAUGGUGUUCAAGAAUACAUUGAAAAUUUCUAUGAUCCUUCUGAGCCUCUUUGGGAUCUUCCCCCUUUGUGCUCUUUGUUAUGCUAAACAAAUUCAAGGGUCUUUUUUUAAUAUUAGCUAUCUCAUGUCUUCCUAUUCGUUUGAUUUUACCUUUCAUUUCUUGUCCUCUAUCCUUGUCAAUCAAGAGAGAGUGGGCAAUUGAAAUGUAGUUUUAGAACUGAUUGCAAAGUUAAAACAAGGAUAAACGUUUUAG